UGGGAUUGGCUUUCAGUCAGGCAGGGAAAUACUAGCCAAUCCUAGGACUAUUCAGGAAUGUGAGCUCCAGCCAAUUCUAGUACGAGACGCGGGACACCAGCAUCCAAUCGUGGCGCAGGAGGCCGGACACUAAUAGCCAAUCCGGGCUCAGAAAGCUGGUCACUCGUAGACAAUCCCAGCGUAGGAGGCGGGAUUUUUGCUGGGAUACGGAUGGGGGGACGAAAAAAAACUAAUAGCGCCUGAGGAAGCGCCGCCGCCUGGGGGAGAAGACGCCAGACCCUCGCCUUUUCCCGCCGGCCCUCUCCGCUUCGCUCUCCGGCCCCGUCACCGGGAGAGAUCCGCGGUGGCGACGAGAGAGGAGGAGGGGGAGGAGGAUGCGCUCAGGCCGCGAGAGGCGAAGGGAAGCGGGAGAUGAUAUCAGCGGCAUCAGCACCAACGGGGCGCUAGGCUAGCUAACUGCCCCCUUCUCCCGUAACCACCAUCACCUCCUCCAGCAGCCUCCUCCUCCACCACCAUUAGCACCACCACCACCUGCUGGCUUUCUUCGUUAACGUUAUCAACCCCCCCUCGCGGUAAAAAAGCAAUGCUCGUGUGAGGGAUGAGGCUGGAGAGAGGCACGUCAGGCCAGAGCCGCGGCCUAGAUCUUCUCCCCUUAGCCGGGCUCACCACCGCUAGAGCAAGUGCAGCAUCCGCCAACGCUUCGCCACCAUCACACCAGCAUCUUUGGUCAGUGAAGAGAUCCAGGAGCAUGAGCAGGACUCUGUGUGGCAGGAGCAGAUGUCAGGGUAUAAGCGCAUGCGGCGGCAGCACCAGAAGCAGCUGAUCGCCCUAGAGAACCGGCUAAAGGCCGAGAUGGAUGAGCAUAAGCUCCGGCUGCAGAAGGAAGUGGAGACCCAGGCCAACAACACCUACAUUGAACUGGAGCGGCUGGCCAAGAAGCAGACCAUCCAGUUGGAAAAGGAGACAAAGUCAACAGCUGCAGAGGAGAAGAGAAUACAGCAACAAAUCUUGGUCCAGCAGAAGAAGGAGCUGACCACCUUCUUGGACUCACAGAAGAAGCAGUACAGGCAAUGCAGAGAGAGAAUGAAGGAGGAAAUGAAUGAGGACUCUAGCACACCGAAGGAGGAGAAGCAGGAGCGUUUGUCACGCCACAAGGAGACAAUGCAGCGUUCCCAAGCAGAGGAGGAAGCGCAACUGCUGAACCAGCAGAGGAUGGUCUAUGAGAGGAGCUGUCGUGCUCUAAAGAGACGAAGCCUCAUCAAAAAGCACGAGUUUGAGCAGGAACAGAUACGGGAGGAGCUGAACAAAAAGAAAAACCAGAAAGAGAUGGAGCAUGCCUUGAUGAUUCGGCAGGAUGAGUCUACCCAGGACCUGGAGCGGCGGCAGCUGGAGAGCCUGCAGAGGUUGCGUAUGGAACUGAUCCGCUUACAGCACCAGACUGAGCUGGAAAACCAAGAGGAGUACAAUAAUCGUCGCCAGAGGGAGCUGCACAGAAAGCACGCUUUGGAGCGCCGGCAGCAGCCUAGGAACCUUAAGGCAUUGGAGAUGCAAAUCAAAAAGCAAUUCCAGGAUACCUGCAAGGUUCAGAACAAGCAGUAUAAAGCUCUAAGGAACCAUCAGCUUGAGGUCUCCCCCAAGAGUGACCACAAAACCCUGCUGAAAUCUUUGAAAGAAGAGCAGACCCGCAAGCUUGCAGUGCUGGCAGAACAGUAUGAGCAGAGCAUUAAUGAAAUGAUGGCAUCACAGUCGCUACGUCUGGAUGCUGAGCAGGAGGCAGAGUGCCAAGCCUUGAAGCGGCAGUUGCAGCAGGAGAUGGAGCUUCUGGAUGCCUACCAAAGUAAGACGAAGGCGCAGACUGAGGCCCAGCACGAGCGGGAGGUGCAGAAGUUGGAGCAGAAGGCGUCUUUGCGCAGGGCUCACUUGGAACAGAAAAUGGAAGAGGAGCUGGCUUCACUUCAGAAAGAACGGACAGAAAAAAUUAAGCAUUUAUUUGAGCGCCAGGAGCGGGAGUUGGAGACAUUUGACGCAGAGAGUGCCCGACUAGGAUUCGGAAGUUUGGCCUCGUUUGACUUCCCCAAGGAGGAUGACAGAUGAUCGAACCCAGGCUGACAUGGCCAUUCAAUGCUGAUGUCUGUGGACACAUUGUGCCUGUGCUGUCCCUGACUGUUGGAUUUACCAAGAUCACCUUUACAGUGACCAUGCUGGAGCAGUCUUUUCAAAUAUCUUCAUUCUUAUUGGCUGGGGGGAGAGGGAAGCACUCUGUAAUUCUUAAGAAAGCAACAGCUACCAACAUGAGUGACUUAAUGGAGCUCAGAAAGGGAUCAAUCUAGAAGAACUGACCUUUUCUCCAUGCCGUGUUGAACCCACUUUUGGUAUUAAAUCAGUAAUUCAGGAUAUUUUAGUACAAGUAAGCACUUUGAUAUGUUUAAGUAUGAACCCAACAUGUAAGUGAACAUAUUGUGCGAAAAUGCCUUUGGUGUUAUCAAAGGACAUUGCGACUGUAGAAUGUGUCCUACGUCUUCACCGUGGCUAUUAGCUGUUUUGUCUUUGUUUAUCACGGCGAAUGUGAAUGCUGUUGACAAAAGCUGUAUGCAAAAGCAGGUUUUGAAACAGUGUCUGAUUUUAAAAAUAUGGUGAAUAUAUUGAGAGCAUUCAAUUACUUUCAUAUUGUGGUAGAACACACUUCUUUUUGAAAAGGUUAAAAAACUCUAAAUGAUAUAAUUUAUUUAUUGUUCAGUAUCCUAAAUUAAUUGCCAUUAGUUAUAUCAGGGUGUGAAUUUAUUACAAUGAAUCAAUUCUGUCAGACUCCUUACUGGUAUUAUUGCAUGCACUUUAAAAACAAAUUCAGGUUGUGAAAUGGAGCAUGGAUCUGUCAGAGAUUUUAGCUGUGUGUAAAUAAAAAGUGGUCCAUAGCAGUUUUGUUUUCAUGGCUAUUGAUACUGAACAUAAGCUUUAUCUUUGAUAUGAAAUUGCCAAAUUGCCAAAUGCCUUUAAGUUAUGUUGAUGAAUGUUUUAUUUAUUUAUUUAUUAUUUUUUGCCCUGACAACAUCAUUGUUUGUUGAAUUGUGAUUCAUUCAAUGUGGAGUUCUCACUGCUCUUGUACAGGGAAAAUGGUGCAAUUUGUGUUGUAAACAUUUUAUAUAAAUAUUUGUAUAUGAUAUCCUAAAUAGGGGUUUACACAUGUAUUGGUCAGUUGUUGCCAACAGGAGUUUACGAAAGUCUUAUUCAGAGUAGGCACAGGAAGGUCAAACUAUUUUUGUAAGCAAAAUAGAGGGAAUUGCCAGCUUCACUUGUAAUGUGACAAAAUUGUUGACAACAUGUUUUCUGAUCAGGCUGUGAAUUGCCAUCAUGGUGUUCACAGCAGGCUGGCGUUCAAAGUGAGCAACAACUAAAAAUUAAAGUGGUACUUUUACAAAUCAUAGUCUUUAAGAAAGGAGUAUGUGGGGACAAUUCAUAUCUUUUUAAACCCUCAAAAAGAUUCAUAUCUUUUCUAAACUCACUUACAUCACACUAUGCAUAACUGGCAUAUAACAUGUUGUCUGAUACCAACUAAAGGACACCAUUCAGUUGAGUAUUUUGUGACUGUCAUUACAGGCCUCUUUUCAAACAAAGCCAUUGUUGAAACUGCCAUUGCACAAGUGAACUGAUGUUUUAACUAAUAAACUCAAUGAAGUUUU